AUGGCGUCCCAAGCUCCCGGAUCCUCAGCGCCCUCUUCAAAUAUCAACUCCCCUCUCCUCCCACCAGGCAAUGGCCCCCUCCUCAGCGGCGCAUUGUCCGACCUGAACAGCCGAUCCUCUCCAGCCCCCGCCAGCAAUGCUUCGGUACAGGGUGGUGAUGCAGCUCGCGCGAAGCGCAACAAGCGAGAUAGUCGCAAAAAACGCGAAGCAAAAGGCCUAGAUCCGGAAAGCGCACCACCGCCCAAGAAACGCGCAACGGCUGCAAGCAUUGCCCGUCCCAGCUCAGAGCUUUCAAUUCUCCGCCCAUUGCUACUUGCCGAGCCCCGGGCAUCAGAUCGGUCACCUCCACAACCGCGCCAAUUCAACCUUGUUACAAGCAAGAGUUCACAGGUCCUGGGACAGACGUGGGAUUUCUACGAGGUUGUCGAUAAACUCACGAACAAGAACGGCUUCCGCUACAGUUACGCGAUCGGUGAUCCGGGCUUCCCCCAUAUCAAGUACCGACAGACCGAUGUCCAACCAUACCACACACGCUUCAGCUUCGAGGACUCUCCCGCUGCGAUUUUCUUCUCGCAGGACGCUAGGGCGGUAACCACAAGUGAUGCAUGGCAUACGGCGCGCGCAAACGUGUGCGCUCGGGAGGGAUCAUAUUAUUACGAGGCGCGGGUCAUCAGUGGCCGAGUGAAUGAUGCACAAGCAGCACCUCAAAAAGGCGGACCCGGCGCAUCCCCUCGUGGGCAUGUCCGACUCGGUUUCGCUCGACGUGAGGCUGAUCUGGAUGUCAACGUGGGUGUCGACUGCUACGGAUAUGGCAUUCGGGACGUGAACGGCGAAGUCGUCAAUCGCAUGCGCUGCGAAUUCUUCUUCCCCAAGGGUGAAGGCAUCAACGAGGGCGAUAUCAUCGGCAUGCUAAUCACCCUUCCCUCUCUCUCACUACACAAGAAAAUCGUCGAAGGCACGUACGACCCCGCUGUAGAUGGCGAUGGAUCCGAGCCAUCAUCCGGGGUCCCUACAGCUGCCAAUAUCAUCCGAGACCGUAUCCCUUUCCACUACAAAUCCGACUUUUGCUGGCAACAGUCCAACGUCUUUUCUACGAAACACCUCCGCGACUACGCCUUCAAUCUGAAAGAAACCCCCACAUUCGGGCCUCCCUCCCCGCUGAACAGUGAAGAUCCCACUCUCCGCACAUUACCCGGUUCCAGCAUAACUAUCUUCAAGAAUGGCGUGAAGAUGGGUACACCCUUCAAAGAGCUGUAUGCUUUCCUACCACCAGCGAGCCGUCUCGCCAACGGCACGAAUAACCUUGGCAUUGGCGAACGCGAGAACGCCGACGACGGCAUGAUCGGCUACUACCCAGCCGUCAGCUGCUACGGCGGCGGCGCCGUCGAGUGCCGCUUCGAAGGCCCAUGGUGGGUAGGACCGCCCGAGCAAAAUGAGCUCGGCGGUCCCGUCCGACCCAUGGGCGAGCGCUUCAACGAUCAAAUCGUCGAGGACGUGGUUGCCGAUAUCGUCGACGAGGUCGAAGCCAUGUUCACCUGGGGCGGUGUCGACGGCGACGUGAUUGGCAAUAAUAAUGCGGAGCUAGACGGUACCGCGUCUAGUGCCAUCGGGGGCACGGAGGUCUUGCAGAAUGGUGUCGGCGCUGCGCUUGCUACGGCCGGUGCGGCGGGGGCUUCUGAUUCUGCUGUGAAUAGUAAUCAAGCCACGCCAGCUGCGAAUCCGGUGCUGGAGGAUGCGAUGAGUGUUGGUACGGCUGGGACACCGAGUCAUGCUGCUGACGCUCCGGCAGGUGCGGAUGAAGAUGUUGAGAUGACUUGA